CAAACAUUGUAUUUGUACCUGUAUGCAAAUGUAAUAAUUAGCCUUCUUCGGUAAUCUCCUUUCUCCCUCUUUCUCCGUCUUAUAACUUGUCUGAAUUGGCCAGUCCGAUCCUUCUAAUUUGGGUCGAAUCUUCGAAGAGAAUCCAUUGAGGAUUUCCUGUAAAGCUCUUCUUCAAGCUUGGAUUCCUGUAUCUGGAGCUGGUUCCGGGUUCUUAUCUUAGGGUUUUUGCUGGUUCUUAAUGAUGGCUCAAGCAACAGGAAGAGGGAGGAUUGUUGGAGACUACCUUGUAGGUCGGCAAAUCGGGUCGGGUUCUUUCUCGGUUGUGUGGCGUGCCAGGCACCGAAUUCAUGGUACCGAGGUGGCGAUAAAGGAGAUCGCUACCAGUCGACUAAAUAAGAAGUUGCAAGAUAGUCUCAUGUCGGAGAUCUUUAUAUUGAAGAGGAUUAAUCAUCCUAAUAUUAUUUGCUUGCAUGAUAUUAUUGAGGAACCAGGAAGGAUACAUAUUGUAUUGGAGUAUUGCAAAGGGGGUGAUCUUUCUAUGUAUAUUCAACGACAUGGAAGAGUCCCAGAAGCAACUGCUAAGCACUUCAUGCAGCAACUAGCGGCUGGUUUGCAAAUCCUUCGUGACAAUAAUCUUAUACAUCGAGAUCUAAAACCACAGAAUCUCCUACUUUCCACCAAUGAUAGCAACGCAGUUCUGAAAAUUGCUGAUUUUGGAUUUGCUAGAUCUCUACAACCUAGAGGCCUUGCAGAAACCUUGUGUGGUUCACCCCUUUAUAUGGCUCCAGAGAUAAUGCAACUCCAAAAGUACGACGCUAAGGCAGAUCUUUGGAGUGUUGGUGCCAUUUUAUUUCAGCUUGUGACUGGGAAAACCCCAUUUACUGGAAACAACCAAAUACAGUUGCUCCAAAAUAUUGUGAAGUCAACUGAAUUGCAAUUUCCUUCAGAUAAUGCCUUGAGUGCUGAAUGUAAAGAUUUGUGCCAAAAAUUGCUGCGUCGUAAUCCAGUGGAACGGUUAACAUUCGAGGAGUUCUUUAACCACCCAUUCCUUUCUCAAAGGAAAAUGGAUGAAUCAUUGAGGAGUAGAAGGGUUCCAAGAUCAGUUGAGAGCUUUCCAUUGCCUGAAAGCAAUUCUAUGAGAAAUGCGGAAGACAUUUCUCAAGAGGAUUGUCUGCCUUUCUUCCUGGAUGAUGAUUCUAGUGGUCCUGAGGGUAGUCCUUCCUUUUCUAAAAGAGGGCCCUCAAUGAAGUCUACCUAUGGAUUUUCACUUGAUACUCGAGUUGAUGAAAGGGAAGCAAAAUCUAAUGCUUUGAAUAAUAUGAAUUUUACUCUCAGACAUUCUAGUGCCAACCGCAACUUGGAAAAUACUAGUUUUAAGCCUGACAGCAACAAAUUUUCUGAUGAAAAUCUACAUGAAGCUCCAAAGUCUAUGAACCAAAGGUCAACAAAUGUACGAUCAAGAGUUAUUGACUCAUUGGAGUUGAUAGAUCAAGAUUAUGUUCUUGUUUCUGGUCCACCGUUGGAUGUGUCUUCUUCAGCCAGUACUUCCAAACCAAGCCAUACACCAUUCAAAUCGCCAAGUCCUCCUCAUGCAUCUGUCAAUGUGAAUACUGCCCCGAUGCCAAUUACUGGCAUUGCUAACAGUAACACAUUCCAUGUUGGAAGCUUGGAAGGUCCAAGCUCUGCUCCUGGGACUUCUCAAGGAUCCACAGAUAUCGGAGAUAAUUUGGAUCAGCCAUCAACUCGUUGUAUGACUAGGAUCAAGUCUUUGCGGCAGUGUGCAUCUUCAAUCUCUGAAUUAGUACAGGAAAAGGUUGAAUCAGGUAUGCAACUGGAAGCCUUCUCAAUACAACUUGUUAUUCUUGCAAUUUGGAAGCAAGCACUGCAUAUUUGCCACACUCAGGCUGCUUCAGCCAUUGAAGGAAGUCCAAUCCAAGAGAGCACAAGGUUGAGGAGAAGCAGCAUCAAGAAGCAUGCUCCUGAUACAGAAGAUUCUCCAGAUAUAGGACCAGAGAAUAUAUCCAUUCAGAUUGAAAGGGAAUUUUUACGGGAAGUUGAGCAUGCUGAGGAACUUGCCAAGGCUAUUGAACCUGGAAAUGUUGAGAUGCCUGAUGCCAUGGAGACAAUAUUUCAAUCAGCCCUUGUUCUGGGAAAACGUGGAGGAGUUGAUGAGCUUAUGGGUGAAAUGGAAAGUGCAUCAAGCUUAUAUUCAAAAGCUGUGCGUUUGUUAGUCUUCCUUCUAGUGGAAGCGCCAUCCCUUAUUCUCAACCCUCCAUUUUCUCUCACAAACUCGGACCGUUAUAGACUCCGCACUUAUAUUGAUAUACUGAAUAAUAGGCAAGGUCAUUCACGGUCUCAAAGGAUGGCACUUCUGAAAUGCGAGGAACAACAAUGCCCGCCCUAGUAUGGCCAAAAUUUUUAAAACUGUCCUUGAUGACUGUUUAUGUUUUUACCAUUAAAAUUAUUUGUCUGUACAGUUAUUCUUUUGAGUGACUGGGACUGGGAUAUUGUCCACAGGUCAACCUGUGUAUUUAGGGGAGGAUGUUGUAAUAUUCUUAUUUAUGUGAUCUAAGCAAUGAUGAGCUGACCCAAAAAAAAAAAAAAAAAAAAAAAAAAGGGA